AUGCGCUCCUUCUGCCCAAAGUGCGGCGUCUCCAGUCGCAACCACUGCCGCCGCCACUGCGACUUGUUGUCGGAGGAGGAGAAGGCGGAGUACGAGGCGCGGCUUGUGCGUGUGCAGCGUUUCGUGGAGUGUCUCAAGAACGCGCCGCGUGCGCGUCUGCCCGAGCACUUCACCUGCACGGUCGGGAAUGCAGAGUCCUGCCGACGCAUGUUGCAGCGCGAUAUCGAACAAAUUGUACGCGAUUGCCUGAAACAGGCUGGACUCGAAAACUGCGUCAACCAAGUCGCGCGCCCACCGCCCGGUCGACGACGCAAACGGCGCAUGUCUGAGAAUGAAGACUCGGGUGUCGAUGACUCCGACGAAGACCACUUCCCCAAAGACGUAAGCCCGGCACAAGCCUUCGCCGCCUUCUCACCCUUCGCGUACUCCAAGUACGUGGCUGCGCAACUCCUCGCCCACGGCCUUUUCGCGCGGCCCCCAACAGUCGCACAGGGAUUGGCGCCUGUCGGAACCCCACACGGAUUAGGGACACACGGAUCAUCGACACAAGGACCAUCGACACAAGGACCAUCGACACAAGGAGCACCCCUCCCGCACGGCCCGCAGCAAGUGGCGCGCGGCGUGGCCCCGCAGACACUCACCCCUGAGAUGGCUCCAAUUCAGAACCAGGCCUCGCCGCGGAAGCGAAGUCGUGGAGAGGACGGCAGCGAUGUGGAGAUCUUGGACAACGAGACCGCACGCCAGCGGAGACGGCCCGUGCCCAACUUCAAGGAAAUUGUGGAGAACGGCGUCGCCGAGGAGCGGCCCUCCGACCAACCGAAGCCGAAGAAGCACAAGGCCGCCAAACGGCCCGCGGCAAUGCAGCCGCCGGUGCCCUCGACCGUGGUCGCUUCGCAGCCCAGCAGCGGCGGAGGAGUCCCUAGUGGUGCGAUGCCUGGUGGUGGGAUGCCCAACGGAAUUGCUGGCGGGGCACCGGCUCGAGGCCCGUCGCCAUUGAUUACGGCAUACAUGCACCCGCAGACGGCGACGCCGCUGGUACGACCGCCGCCGCGUGCGGCCAUGCUGCCGCCCCAGCAGGCCAUCGCGGCCGGCCCGCCGCCUGCGUUGUGGCCGCCGACUGGCUUCCAUCCGAAUAUGUUCUCGGCCAACGUGCCAAGGUGGCCACCGCCCACGGCGUUCGCCUACGGCAUGCCGCCGCAGAACCCCAUGGUCUACGGCUGGGGCAACCCGCCCGCCGCGCGCCAGCCGCCACCCAUGCGCCAAGUCGGCCUCAACCAAAACGGAUUACAGCCCUCCAAGAACGACGCCAACCAUCAGAAUUUAUAA